AAAAUCAUUGAUGUUUAAUAAUGUGAUUGUUUUUGUGUAUGUGAUUGACUCUACAUACAAUAAUGAGCUAAAAUUGAUAGGGGUACUCGGAAAGUGCUUGGAGAGGAAACAUUCAAUGUGCCAGUGGAUGAGCUGGCACGUGAGACAUGGCUUAAAUUCAGGUAAUGAGAGAGUUGACAAUGGUAGUGGAGUGGAGUGGUCAUCGCCUCUUUAUCAAGGAACAGGAAUGGACUUGGCUGUUAAUAAAAUAGCAGAUACAUUCCAUUAUAGCUAUGCCAUCAUAGGUUUGGACAAUGGAUUUCUCUAUGAAGUCAAACACAGACUGAGCAUCUCACCCACUUCAAAGUAGGCCAAGAAACGUUCCUGAAUAAAGCCCUGAUUAUCCACAUACCUGACGAUAACAGACAACUGCAAGCAGACUGGUGGCGCCAUAGGUCCCAGAGUGGCGGGGCAAUUUUUACCCCCUAAGUCCUGGAGUUGUUCCUUAUAUGUUAACCUAACUAGGAAAACUCUGAACCCUAUAAGGUAUGACAGUGAUUAAUUAGUUGUAAAAAGGUUUCAUGUGGGCUGUGAUGGGACCAGUUUUUCCUAAUCAGGUCACAUGGUUUUAAAAAACUCCUGACCCUGGGGCGAUGAAACCCCUGUCAAACUGCAGCUUCCUUAUAUUUGUUCAUAUAAAUUAUAUUUAGACCGGAUUGGGAGGGGAAUUUCCUCUACCCAGACACAUAGACAACAGAACUCACAGGGCUGAGCUUGCUUAAUGCAUGUUUGCAUCAUGCAGGCCUAUGCAACUGUUGGCCUUAUAAAACAUUUACUCACAUCUGUCAUUACGAUUAUGAUGACUGAUUCAUUUUGGAUUGAAAACAUAUAGGCAGCCUAGCCAGCCCAAUUUUGAAUAUAAACUACAUUUGAUCACAUUCACAUUUUCUCCUGACACAGAAAUGGACUAUAAAUACUUAACUUUACAAAUUAGUUUACCCUGACCUGAUGGAACGUUACGCAGCUGCUCUUAUUAGUAGCCUACAGUUGAUCAGACUGAAAAAUAGUCUAAAUUUCAUCCCAUACAGCAUGUCAGAUUUCUGAUGUUUAGGUGUAGAGUUUUUGCUUGGGUCUGUCCGGAGUGAUUAUGUGUUAUCUUAGCUAAAUAAAUACUGGAGGAAAGUGGAAAGCCUACUUAAGCAAACGUGAAAAAAUGCGCUGCGUCAACCUCUCUCUUUAAUCCACAUUUUCAUGCAUGAUGCAAUGGACGCUAUCAAAUCAUUCGGAAAAGACAGUCACAAGUUCAAUAUGUGGGCAUUCAUAUGCUCCCUGCUUUUGUUUUGCCAUUUAGCUGAACAAACAAUGUUCUUCAGGUCACUAUACACACACCUUUCGACCAAGGCUCAGACUUUCCAAAAAGCAGACAAGGCCAGCAAUACAGGUGGCUUGAUGAAAGGCUCCCUGUUAACCAGCUUUACUAUUGAUACCAGUUGAUAUUGAACACCCUCACCUUUUCAUCCUUCUUCAUGAAACUGAUCUCAGGCAGAGGUCGACCCUCCAGUGUUACCAACUCAUUUUCAGGCCAUGGAGUGCCAGGUGGAGGAGCUGAGGCAGCAGCUGGAGAAACAGACCCUGGUCAACCAGGAGCUGCAGAAACACAACAAGGACCUGGAAAGAAGACUGCAGGAGACGGAGAAGUUGCUGCAGGAGCUUCAGAGUCAUUACCAUGACCUGGAGUUCCCUGAUCAGAGGAUCAGUAAUGAAGGGGGACUUGUGGUCAGGAAGAGCAGAGUGGCUGUCAUGGCCCCUGAGCCAAUCCCAGAGGAUCAGCAGGAGAUCAUAAAGACUAAAGUCAAGAAGACCGUCAGUGAGACGAGUCUGAUCAUCAAGGCCAUCCAGAAGAAUGACUUCCUGAGUCGCCUUGACGAUGAGCAGAUAACCAUGAUGGUGGAGCUCCUGGUGGCCAUCGACUUCAAACCAGGAAAUGAUGUAAUCAAGGAGGGCACUGAGGGAGACAGCAUGUACAUCGUAGCAGCGGGUGAGCUCCUUGUCAGUCAAGCAGAUUGUAACCUUCGAACCCUGACCUGUGGGGAUGUUUUUGGAGAGUUGGCUAUUCUGUAUAACUGCAAACGCACAGCCACAGUCAAAGCCAAGACAGUGGUGCGUCUGUGGUUUAUGGAGAGACAGAUGUAUAGAACCAUCAUGACCAACAAGUCCAAGAAGAAACGUGAACAGCUAAUGGGCUUCCUAAAAACGUCUCGGACUCUGAAGGCCCUAAAUGACAGUCAGCUCUCUAAGAUAAUUGACUCCAUGGAGGAGGUGAAGUACCAGAACAAUGAUGUCAUUGUACGUGAGGGGGCGGAGGGCAACACGUUCUACAUCAUUCUCAAAGGAGAGGUCAAGGUGACUAAGAAGUUGAAUGGGCAGGAGAAACAGAUUCGCAAGAUGGGCAAAGGGGAGCAUUUCGGGGAAUUGGCCCUGAUACGUGAAAUCCUGAGGACUGCAACAUGUACUGCUGUUGGCCCUGUGACCUGCUUCUCCAUCGAUAAGGAGGUGUUUGAGGAGACGAUCCCCAUUGAACACCUGGAGCUCCAUGAUGACAUCAGCUCUAAGGUUUUGGAGGAGCCAGAUGCUCCAGAGAAGACCAGUCCUAGUUCCUAUCUGAGACUGAAGGACCUGAUCCCCGUACUGUACCAGGAGGGGCGUUACCAGGGAGAACCUGUCACUCUCGGAGUGGGAGGGUUUGGUCGCGUUGAACUGGUGACCACUCUGCAUCAUGGAAAGUACUUUGCCAUGAAGCGGGUCAGUAAGAAACACAUUGUUGCCAAGCGACAGGAGGAGCACGUCCUGUUUGAGAAGAGGAUCCUCAAAGCCAUCAAGAGUGACUUCAUUGUCAGGCUCCAUUCUGCCUUCAAAGACACUCGCUACAUCUACAUGAUUAUGGAGUUCUGUGUAGGAGGGGAGAUCUGGACCAAGCUCAAAGAAGUUGGACGAUUUGAUGAGCCCAUUGCUGUAUUCUGUGCUGCCUGUGUAGUGGAGGCCUACGCCUACCUCCAUAAAAAGGGCAUCAUGUACAGAGACCUCAAGCCUGAGAAUCUGAUGCUGGAUGCCAAGGGCUACGUUAAACUGGUGGACUUUGGCUUUGCUAAGGAGUUAGUGCACGGUAAUAAGACCUACUCAUUCUGUGGUACUCCGGAAUACAUGGCCCCAGAAAUCAUCCAGAACCAGGGACAUGACUUUGCUGCUGACUUCUGGUCCCUGGGCAUCCUAGUCUAUGAGCUGCUGGUGGGGAGCCCACCAUUCUCCAGUUCUGAGCCCGCGAAGAUUUACCCUAAAAUUUUGGACGGGGUGCUCAAGUUCCCACCUUACAUGGGCGAGGGGGCCAAGUCCCUCAUCAGUAAACUGUGCAGGCCUCGACCGGGUCAGAGGCUGGGAAACACCAAGAAUGGGAUUAAAGAUGUACGCCACCACAGGUGGUUCAGCAGUAUGAACUGGCACAAGCUGCGUGUGGGCCAGGUGGAGGCUCCUACAAUCAGACUCAUACGCAAGGGUCCGUGCUACAUCAACUUUGAUCGCUUCCCCUUCGACCAGGCUCUGGCUGAUGAGGAGUUCUCCGGCUGGGACAAAAAUCUCUGAACCAGAACCUGAACCAGUCCAAGUGAGUCAGAGUUCAGAGGUCACGGGUUCACUGAUAGAUUUACCCAGAUCAGACUACUUCUUGGUGACAUUGGUUUACCCCUUACCUUUAAGACUCUGAACGCAAUGUAGGGGUAGGGACACGUGUGCUCAUUGAAAGCUGUAUGUGUGUGUUGUGCCCAAAAGAAAGAUUAAUUAAUUUUUAAAAAGUUUGGAUGUAAUGUCUCAUGCUGGACAAAGAGAUGGUUUUACCGUUGACCCUCAUUGUACUUUGUAAUUUAGGAUGGCAUUAUUGUUAGUCUCUGUUGCUUGUAACAUAUACUGUCUGUAUAGAAUACUCAAUGUAUGUGUUUCACAUUAAAAUAAAUGUAUACGUCA